UAUUAGUGUAUACUUGCUCAGGGACACGAUGGUGGAUGGGUCACAGUGGGGAAUUGAACCCGGGUCUCUCGCACCAAAGGCAGGCGUACAUUUAUUUUGAAAUAUCUCAGCUAACAGCAAGUGAAGUUAUCUGCACCGUUAUCGUUAAUUUAAGUUACUUCUCCAACAUGUCGACAGUCCAGGAGCUUCUGUUCUUCUGUUUCUGUCUGCUGACUUUGUCUGGAAAAACAGCCGGACUUCCAAACGGAGCAUCUCCAGAGCCGUCUGUCAGGACACUUUAUCAAACGCAGGACGUGGCCCUGCUGCAGUGUGAAGUUCAAGGUGCUUCUUCAAAACCUACAGUAGAGUGGCAGGACAGUGCUGGAAACAAACUUCCUGCUAAAGAACCACAGGUCUCAGAAAGAGGAGGCAGCUUCUACAUCAUCCUCCAAACUACUGUGAAGAAGACCGACCGCUAUCGCUGUGUAGCCACACAGGAGGAGAUCAGACAUCAGAUUUAUGCUCAGACCUACGUGUUUAUCUGUGGUGCAGCUGCAGAGCCGUCCAUCACGAUAGUUGAUGUCACAGAGUUUGGGGUCCUGCUGCAGUGUGAAGUUAGAGGUGCUUUUCCUAAACCUACAGUAGAGUGGCAGGACGGUGCUGGAAACAAACUUCCUGCUGAGGAGACACAGGUCUCAGAAAGAGAAGGUCACUUCUACAUCACCCUCCAAACUACUGUGAAGAAGACCGAAAACAACCGGUUCCACUGUGUAGUCCAGCAGGACGACAUCGGUCAUAUGAUCAGUAAUAACAUCACUUUGCCAGAGAAACUGUUUGAGGACACGUGCAGCAGAGGGGACGUAACAGGAUGGUUUCUUUGUGGAUUCUCUUUAGGAGCUCUACCUGUUGCUGCAGUUCUAGUUUUGCUUGUAGCUACAAAGUUCAUCACAGUACGCUGUAAUAAAGGAGCAGCUGUGAAGAGACAGAGAAACAGGAGAGAGACAGAGCGGUCUAAUGGAACCAGUGUUCUCCACCAGACUGUAUAAAGAAGUGGACGAAGCCUCCGUGACGUCACCUGCUGGUUUGUCAAGUCAGGUUUUAUUUAAAGUGCAAAAUCACCAAAAGACAUGGUCCCAGUACACAAAAUGCACUGAAAUUAAAUAAAAUUAACCUUAAAAUACAGAAUGCAUGUAAUAAAAAAUACAAUCAGAAUAAAAUGUAAAGUAAAAUGAUAAAACGAUAAAAUUGAAUAAUAAUUUAAAGUUUGCUCAACACUGUCCGACUAAAAGCUUUAUUAAACAGAAAAGUCUUUAGUCUAGCCUUAAAAGUGGUGAUGCGAUCCGAUUCCCGCACCCAAAUUGGAACCAGGUUCCAUAGUAGAGGCGCUUGAUAAGUAAAUGCUCUUUGCACUCUUAACGUUUCAGAGCCUGAAUUUGGAAUAUUGGCCGUCGCCAUCUUGUUUGUUUUUGUUUUUUUUAAAGCUCAUCAGGAGUUUACUGAGGUGAUAAAUCAAGUGAGAAGUCGGGUCAUUUUCAUACAGACUUCUAUGCAAUCAGACUUCUGAAUGCAGUAACUGGAGUGCUGGACUAGUAAAUAGAUCAAAUCCAAGUAUUUAUUUCCAAAAGCUCAGGAGCUAAAACCAAAGAGAACAGAUAACCUAAAUAAUCAGGUGACUUUGAUAAAGCAGCAGAUCCCAGAUCUGGGUCUGGGAUUAUAAUCUGUACUGUGUCCUGUAUAUAAUAAUGUAAUUUUUUACCUUAACCAUGUAGUGCCUUCAAACAUUCGAGCACGUCCAUUUUAACAAGCUCAAAAGUCUGAAACUCUAGUUUUUUUUAAUCUGCAGCUGUUUCGAUUUGUGUGGAAAAAUCAUCAACGAAUAUUCCUCAUUUAGUUUUUUUCAUUUCAUGCCUGGUGCAUAAAGUACUUCAGGCAACUAAACGUGGGACGGGACUGAACUUUUUUUAACCUUAAAAUGUGUGUAAAGAUAAAUGUAAUCUUACUUUUUUUUUUUGGCGUUCACUCGUUUUAGAAAAGCAGUUGUUUUUAUGUCUAUGCUUGUAUUGAAUUGUAUGAGCUGUGAUUGGUGUAUUUCUAGUGAGUUUUUGUUGACUGUUUUGUUAAUGUUACUGGUGCUGCAGUAAAUACAAACCUGACUAUAUUCAAAACAAAUCUAGUUUAUUAUCACAGAUAUUAAAGUGCAUGAAGAGCUGAACCAGAGUCUGUCAGUUAGUUUAAUAUAUAAUGGUCGUUUGCUCAUUCGUGCUUUGUUAGAGGAAUGGUUUGUAUUAAAUGCAUUAUUCAUUAUGGUGAAGAAUAAUGUGUUGUGUUUUAUAUCGUUGUCUGUUUUCUUGUGAAAAAGCUAUUCUUGAGGUCAAACAUGUCUAAGGAAUUAGUUCCUUUAUAAAAAGUUUUGCAAAGCUGAUUUCAAAGAUCCCCUAACUUGUGUUUUAGGUCAUAUAAAAGUGAUCUGUGGUAAAUUUCCUGGUUAAAAAUGAAAAGUUUCUCUUCUGGAUGUGAGAUGUUUCACUGUAAAGUUCAUUCUGUGUGUUUUUGCACUGGACGCUUCACGUCACACUUGUAGGUCCCAUACUGAGCUAUGAUUGGACCAAAUAGUUGUGAUGUCACACAGCCUGCUUGUUAGUGAAAAAAAUGUUCUCCCAGUUAUUUUUUUGUUACUCGGUUCACCAGGUGAAGUAGUGACGGCAAACUGCUCCAAAUCUGUUCGCCUUCAUUUCCUGUCUCUACUUUCAGCUGUUGAAUAAAAGCAUUAAUGUCACACAAA